AUGGGCAACAUAUUCAAUGAGGUGCCAACGCAAGUGUAUUACGUAUCAAUUUGCAGCUGCGCCGAUGUUUCGUCGAUUCCUUCAGUCUCGCUUGGAACUCCAGAUGCCAACAAGACGUGGGAUGCGAAACUAUAG